AUGUCAAUUGAAGCCAACAAUAAUAUGAAUAAACCUGAAGUGAAUCACAAAGAGGAGAAACAGGACAUUGAAAAGGGAAAAAGUGGGUGUAUUGCGAGUUCUGGUCUCCCCUGGGGUUACAUCAUAGUCAUGGUGUUUGCUGUGGCGGUCCUGGUGGCGGCCUGUGCGGUAGCGUGGGUGUUCUUCAGCUGGCAGACUAGUCUAAUUGUCUUUGCAGUCCUCACGGUGGUCUAUUUAAUAGCCUAUUUUUCAAGUUGGUUAUGGAUCGCUAUACGAACAGCUCCUAGAGAUUUCAAAGCGUUGUACUGUUACAUCAAAAUUUUGAUAUUAUCAAAUAAAUUUACGAAGAAGAACUGGUCUAUGCCUGAUAUUUUUCACGAAACUGUUAAGAAACAUCCGAAGAAAGCGUGCUUUUUAUUUGAAGAUGAAACAUGGACAUUUCAACAGGUGGAAGAUUUCAGUUUAAGAGUAUCAGCAGUAUUGCGGUCACAAGGAGUAAAACGCGGCAACACUGUAGCCGUGAUGGCAAGCAAUUACCCAGAAAUGCCAUCUAUCUGGCUUGGCAUUACGCGCAUCGGAGGCAUUGCCCCCCUCAUCAAUACGAACCAAACUGGCAAUACCUUACUUCACUCUAUCACUAUUGCCAAAUGCGAUUUUGUUAUUUAUGGUAGCGAGUUUGAAUCUGCAAUUCAAGACAUUAGGAAAGAACUAAAAGAAUCAGUAAAAUUACUUAAAUUUACUCGUCGUCCUUUAAACACGUCCAACGACAGUGUCCAAGUGAUCAAUUCUGAUGAAGAUUUUACGCAUUUAUUGGAAACUACAUCGCCGGCUUCGUGGUCUUUAUCCGAAGGAGAAGGCUUUACUGGCAGAUUAUUAUAUAUUUAUACGUCAGGGACUACAGGACUGCCAAAAGCAGCCGUUAUAUCACCAUCGAGGAUGGUUUUCAUGGCAUCAGGGGUCCAUUAUCUCGGUGGAUUAUCACCGAAUGAUGUAAUUUACUGUCCUAUGCCUCUGUAUCACUCGGCCGGUGGAGUGAUAACAAUGGGGAACGCAUUCAUCUUCGGCUGUACAGUAGUUUUGAGAUUAAAGUUCUCUGCCUCUGCAUAUUUCCCUGACUGCAUUAAAUAUAACGCGACGGCGGCGCAUUAUAUCGGCGAGAUGUGUCGCUACGUGCUGGCGACUCCGCCUUCGCCCAGCGACAAGCAACAUAAAGUCCGGACGGUGUAUGGAAAUGGAAUGAGACCGACCAUAUGGACUGAGUUCGUUAAACGUUUCGGAAUUAAGAGAGUAGCUGAAUUUUAUGGAGCUACAGAAGGAAAUGCUAACAUAGUGAACAUCGACAAUAAACCUGGAGCAAUCGGAUUCAUUUCAAGAAUCAUACCGGCUGUAUAUCCCAUCGCCAUUAUAAAAGUUGAUGAAGACACUGGAGAACCUAUUAGAGAUUCACGAGGACUUUGUCAGCUCGCACAACCAUUCGAACCAGGAGUAUUUAUUGGUAAAAUAAAACCGAACAACCCUUCACGUGCUUUCCUCGGGUAUGUGGAUAAAGAAGCUUCUGAAAAGAAAAUUGUUAGAGAUGUACUUAGUCAUGGAGAUUCAGCUUUUAUAUCAGGAGACGUCUUGGUAGCGGACGAGCUCGGCUACCUGUACUUCCGCGACCGCACCGGCGACACGUUCCGCUGGCGCGGUGAGAACGUCAGCACGACUGAAGUAGAAGCAGCUAUUUCUAGAGUAGCUAACCAACGCGAUGCUGUUGUGUACGGUGUAGAAGUUCCUAAUACGGAAGGAAGGGCGGGCAUGUGUGGUAUUGUUGAUACCAACGGAAGCUUAGACUUAGAUAAGUUAGCUAAAGAUAUCGCCAAAGAUCUUCCUAAGUACGCCAGGCCUAUCUUUAUUAGGGUUAUGUCGAGUAUGGAUAUGACUGCGACCUUUAAACUUCGGAAAGUUGACCUACAGAAAGAAGGAUACAAUCCUAAUGUUAUAAAAGAUAAAUUGUAUUAUCUUGAUCCAAAAUCAAAUAGUUAUGUUAAUUUAGGACCUACAGAGUAUGAGAAUAUAAUAUCGGGACAAAUAAGACUG